AUGAGUAAUUCUUCUCAGUACUCACCAGAAGAAACACAUGCCCUGCCUAUGGAAAUCGUCCCUGAUACUCAUCAUGCCGAAACACCUCCAAACAAUAAUGGAGACAGAUUUCACGACCAUUUGGAAUCUUCCGAGACACUUUCUGGCGUCGAGAGUUCUACAGAUUCGAACCACCUCGAUGCCACAUUUGAGGAUGCUAUGAAAACCAUGGAAGCAAGGCAUCGAACUGCCCUUCCAAAAAAUCUUCAAGGAGGUGUUCUUCUCGACCAGACCUAUGCAACAGAACCCAAGGAUCUUAAUUCUCUGCUACACGAGCCUAAUUCACAAUUCAGAACAGAGCUAGCACAGCAUCAGGGAACUACGGACUACGAAGAGAGCUCAUGGCGAUGGAAACCCAACGACGAUCCGUGUUUCUCAAGGUGCGUUACCUACACAAAAGCCGCCGCCAAGUUGGUUAAAGCAGUCGAUGUGAUAGAGGAACAGGUGUAUCUCCUGGCGGAUGGGAAGAACUUUGCAAUCCUAAAUCGGGUCACCACUCCAGAUGUUCCAUAUGGUGAUUGUUUUCAAGUCCUUUUGCUAUACAAGAUCACGCCUGGUCCGGAGUCAUCUUUGGGCGAAAAAAGCUCGCGUCUUGUUGUUUCAUGGGACAUUAAUUUUCAUAGAAACACAGUCAUGAAGAGCGUUAUCGAGGGGACUGCUCGACAAGGAUUCAAGGAGAGCUACGAGAGCUUUUCUGAGACACUAUCACAGUUCAUCAAGCCGCUCAGCUCAUCGGAUCAGUUGUUAGAACCGCUACAGUCGAGCAAUCAAUCAGACUGCAAACUGUUCUUGAACUACUUCUGUAAUUUUACAGUAUUUUCCACAGUUUUAUUAGGUUCGUAUAUGCUCUGCCACAUUCUCCUAUCAAACUUAGAGUUCGAUGGCUUAGACCUGCCCGACACAUUCUGUGAGAUGAUCACUGGUGGAGUUCUUGCUCUUCAAUUGGAGAGAGUUUUGAAGAUGAUUUCACACUUCAUACGAGCAAGAUUAAAGAGAGGGAAUGAUCAUGGACUCGAAGAGCAGGGUGAUGGAUGGCAGCUCACAAUAGCCUUGAUCGAAGGAUGUAGAUUACCAUCAGCAUCUCCUGGAUAUCCAGAUCCUUAUGUGGUGUUUACCUGUAAUGGUAGAAGUAGGACGAGCUCAGUUCAGCUUCAAACAGAAAACCCUAAAUGGAAUGAGAUACUCGAGUUCAGUGCGAUGCAAGAACCACCAUCUGUACUUGACGUCAGAGUGUUUAGCUUCGACAGUCCUUUUGAUCAAGAAAUCCCCAUUGGGCAUGCAGAAAUCAAGUUUCUGAAACAAUAUUCUUCUGCUGAGCUCGCUGAUUGUUGGAUUCCACUCGAAGGAAAACUCGCUCGAUCUUCUCAGAGCAAAUUGCAUUUGAGAAUAUUCGUGGAAAAUACUGGAGGAGACGAGAUCAUUCGCGAGUAUUUACAAAAGAUGGAAAAGGAAGUUGGAAAGAAAAUGAACCCUCCAUCAUCACACAAGAACUCGACAUUUCAGAAGCUAUUUGGGCUGCCAUCGGAGGAAUUUCUCAUCCAUGAAUUCUCAUGCUGUUUGAAGAGGAAGUUGCCAUUGCAGGGGAAAAAUUUUCUAUCUGCCAGGAUUUUCGGAUUUUACUCCAAUCUAUUUGGUUAUAAAACCAAAUUCUUCUUUCUUUGGGAAGACAUCGAGUGCAUUCAAGUGGUUCCUCCCUCUUUGAUGGCGGUUGGCACCUCGGCACUUCUGAUCAUCUUGAGGAAUGGUCGAGGACUCGAUGCUCGGCAUGGUGCUAAAUCGAUCGACGAUGAAGGGAGGUUAAAGUUUCAGUUCCAAUCAUACAAAUCGUUCGACAGAGCAAGCAGGACAAUCAUGGCACUGUGGAGAUCAAAAACCUGUGAUGAACAGCAACACAAGACAGAAAACGACCAACUAGAUCGAUUCGUCUAUUCUGACAAGAGUGAGAACGAGUCCUUCAGCAAUGGGGACUUCGGUUUAUCGGCCUCGAGUGGGUUCUCAGUUCAUGAUUCCUGUAUCCAUGUUGGAAAAUUCCAAGCAAAGACUCGACGCAGUCAAGUGGCGACUGCGUCGGCCCAUAAAUGCGGCGUGCUCCGCUGCGACGACGCUUCGACGACACGAUCGAACUCGGAGCGAGAAGUCACGAGCGGUUCCUCCUCCUCCUCUGCCCUGGCGAUCAUCUUCUCCGCCGCCUUAAUUCGACCUCCAAACGCCGGUUCUUUCGCGUCCGAUUUUUGCACGAGUUCCUGCGGUUAUUUCCGCGAAUGCCUUGCGGGUGCGUUCUUGGACCUUUGCUGGCUUGGUAACAGGUAA